CACUUGGACGGUCCGAGUUUUUAUCGCGCACGUCGUCAAGCCCAAGAAUGGCCUAGUCUUCAUCUGUGCGUUUUCCAUCUAGACCCACACUAGUGAGGCCGGCACAGGCAGAGGGGCGCUAGUCGCAGGUUUCAUGUGGCCGCUAGAGGGCGCCAGAUUAUCUAGGUGUGCAGGAUUAGAGGGUAGUAACUAGGAUCUGAGGGAUUAAGGAUUACCAGUUAGAAACGUAAACUUCCUCUGCAGUCGUCCACUAGGUGCAGCCACGGACAAAGGAGACAGAUUUUUUUUUCUCGUAGCAGGUGUACCGUAACGGCCAGGACGGCACCCCGCACUACUCGCUCUACUCCAGGCAGAAUGACGCCUCCUCCUUCAAGACCCCAGGCCCCGGUGCCUACAGCCCCGAGCAGGUGGGCCCCACAGCGCACUACCGCCACCCGGCCUACAGCUUCGGCACCCGUCACCGGCACAGGCGCACCGACAACAUCCCAGCCGCCAACAGCUACUCCCUCCCCGGGAUGAUCGGCUCCACCGUACAGAGCGGCAAGCCCCAGGCUCCCUGCUACACCCUACGUAGCCGACAGACCGUGGGCAACUUCGCUGAGGAUUUAGCCAGGGCCCCCGGACCCGGCACCUACAACACCACCGACCCGGGCAUCUACAAGGACAAGGCCCCGCUCUACAGCAUGACCAGCCGCAACAUGAUGCCAGGGGACGCCACCCAGAAGCCGGGGCCCGGCGCUCACAAGCCGGAGAACGUAUGGUACCACAAGAACAAGCAGCCCGAGUACUCGUUCGGUAUCAGACACAGUCAGUACUUAGCUCCCUUGAUCGUGGACCCCCAGGCGGAUUAAGCUCCCCUGCCUCAUCCACCAAUCAGCGCCCUCCGUGGGGAAGCAAGAAUCUGUAUACUUGGACUUUGCCACUCAUGAUUUUACCAUCACCCCUUGCAGCCUGAUUACUUGUAAAAUCAAGUGGUCAGUUUCCGACAUUGGACUAUAAAUAUAUACAAUGGCCAAUCUUCGGACACCGAGUCUUUCGCUCGGCCUAUUUACCACAGAUCUACACACGACCUCAUAAAUUGUCAGAAGGAAAAGAGAGGAGUUUUACUUUUUCUUAAUUAGACGUGCUUGGCUUUGGCGGCUUUCCCAACAGGAUAAACAUUGAUUUUCGAAAGUGUGAGAUUUAGAUUUCGGCUGGAUCUCAAAAACUGCAGGGGGUCCAGAGAUGCGAGGAGGGUUCUGUUCUUACAUCAGCACAUCAACAAGAGGCGCCAACACAGAAGUGGAAACCUGACCAAUUACAGCCAUUCACUCAAACACAGAAUGGAAAUCAUGACCACCCACAGUCGUUUACCCACGGAAGUCCAAAAAUGCUCAAAAAUAAUUCAAUCGAGAAGUACUGAAGUCAACCCGCUAUGUAAUAAAACUAUGUUAUGUCAUGCUGUUAGUAUUUCGUUUUCUUCAUUCCAAAUGUGCCGACUGUUUUGAUCAAUAUAUUGUGUGUGUUGUUAUUUCGAUUAUUUCACCCCGAUGUGGAAGUCUCAUUUCUCGCAGUGUUACAGACGCCUUCACUAAGACACAUACGUGUCCAAACUUAACGCCUAAAGAUGACGUAAAUAUUGCAAAUUUGCACUGGUCAACAGUCUUCAGUGUGUAGUCAAUAGAGUGGCCAUGCAGACAAGCGGUGCCUUUGCAGCUUUGGAACUAUUCAAUCUUUGGUAGUACAUUCAUUCCUAUCCAUAAUUUUAUCUACCUUUGACUCACAUAAUUAAAUGUGGCAUCUCAUCGACAAAGUGUUUUUUUCUCUAAUCUUUUUGGUUUGUACCUGAAGGUUGAUAUUAUAUCUAAUCAUAUUGAUCAGAUUUUGAUGUGUAAGCACUCACUUCAAAGCUGACAUUUCACCAGAAAGCAUUUCAUGUAAAUAAAUCUGCUGUGUAGUAUUGUACCUACUUUUAUUUGCAUUAAAAUCAGUUUCAUCAA